AUGAGGAUGUUAGCGACCUCAUCGGGAUCGGCGGAAAGAUGGCCGCGCAGGGCGAUAUCUCCAAGGAACACCACCACGGCACGCAGGCAAAGCCGCAAGAACUCCCACCCACAGGUUGACCAGUCGCUGUCGAAGAAGUCGCGGCGAAAGCGCAUGAGCGCGUGCAUUCGCGCAACUCGGCGUCGAUUGGAGUCGCGAUCAGAAGAGGUAGAGACGGCUGUCUCUUCGCUCAUGGCGCAGAGCACUCCAGCGAUGAAGGAGUUCACAGAGGAAGAGGCUGUCAAUCAGCUUUUCUCAUUGACAGUUUUCGCGUGCUACGAGCACGUAGACAACCAGACCAUCGUCGAGGUCCUGCAGGGUGCAGAGCAGCUCGACGAAGAGAAGGGCUCAACAGUCUUCAGGGAUGUGCUCUCUGCACGGCGACCCAGCCGAGCGCAGAUGGAGCUCUACGAGGCUGUGGUGCAGGAGGAGCAAGCUCGUCUGCUUGAGCAGAUGACACCAGAUGACAUGCCCGGUGCUUUGGGCAAUAUCGGCCGAAAGAUGUCCACCGCCACGAAGGCGGCUUACGUGGUCUCUGUGCUCGCAGGUUGA